AUGCAGGUGCCCAUGGGCCGUGCAAGGCAACUGUAUGGUCAGGAAUCAUCCUUUGGCCUGUGGGGCCCGACGUUGGCGGUCAUGGUUGUGGCGGCAUUCUGUUUGAUAUGCUGGUUAACAGCAGCGAAGCCGCCCGAUGUGCAACAGAGUAGUGUGCGACAAGUAUGGGAGGAUUCUGCCCUGGGCCAAAACCGCGAUCAGCGGGGAUGCUUGCAAGCAGCAGGCUUUGUUUGGUGCGAAGGCGAUGGAAGGUGUAUCCGACCCUGGAAG